AAAAUCAGCGCAAGUUAGAGGAACCCUGGCAUAGCGUAUAGCAAAUUGCUUUGCUUUUUUUAAACUGAAGCAGAAGAUUUUGAAAGCUUUUAAAAGCAACCAUGUCCGGUAAGGGCUUCCAGGGUUUUAAACAACAUGCAGAAGGGGAGGUCCAGGAUGCUGCAAAUGCGCUGGGAAAGUCUGCACAGCAGGUAGUGAACCAGGCUACAGAUGCGGGUCAGAAAGCUAUUGAUCAGGCUUGCAAGACUGCUCAAGAAGGUGUCGAAAAAACAACUGGACAAGCAUCAGAAGCCGUGUCUGGCCUUGGGAAAAAAAUUGGAUUUAAGAAAUGAUGAUAAUUUAAACAAAAGAGUGUGAGAUGUAAAAUCAAAGUUUGCACUGCAAUUCAGUAAUCAUUUGUGUAGAAAUAUGAAAGCUGUUUGAGAUUUGGAUCAUUUACUGUGCUUAGCUUUAUGCCAUAUGCAGAAUACUCACCUACCAAAUAGUUUAAAAAAACAAUCUUGUAUGAUCUAGUCAUAAUCUCCCAUUCAACACAAAUCAUGAAAGUUUCAGCAUUGGCUAAGGUAUUGUCUGUCUCGUACAGUGAUGUAAAGAUUGUUGAUACAUUAGUUCAAUGUACCUAAGAAUUUAAAUGAUGAAACUGCCAUCACAUAGGUAAUAAACAGCAGAAGGUUUACCUAUGACAUGCAUGGUUUUUUUUCCCAGCCAGAGCUAGGUUGUUGUUACAUUUCAAGCCAAACGUUCAUUUAUUCUAACAUUUU